AUGUCUCCAUCAAGCGAUACUAAGAAAGAAGAUGCCGAAAGUGGUGAUAUUUCCCUUUCAGAUGCAGAUGUAGCCCAGGCCUUUAAAGAACUUCAACGAGGCGAAAAGACAGCACAGAUGCUCGAAUCCAAUCUUACAGACCUCGAAAAGAAGAUCGAUGAUCUCUUAGCGAGCUUUGAAGCACAAGAGUCGGCGGCGCAGGCAGAAGCUAGGAAUGCGUCCAGUAGCAAUAAGGAAGAUAGAGACGAGAGCGGUCACAAGAAAUCUUGA